AUGCUUACAUCAGAUGAAGAGGAAAUGGCAAUUCUGCUGAACCGUGUGGAAGAAGAAAGUGCUAAACUUGGUCUUAAAAUCAACUACUCCAAGACCAAAAUAAUGAUAAUAGAUAGAGCGCAACUUCUUCCACGUUCUGAUGCACUCAGUGGUUACGAGAAAGUAGCGGAAUUCAUAUAUCUUGGGUCGCAAAUAACAUCCGAGGGUGGCUGCACGGGGGAGAUACGCCGAAGAUCCGGUAUGGCUAGAAGUGCGAUGGCCAAUCUCGAGAAGAUCUGGAAAAAUCGUAGCAUCCGGUAUAAAACCAAAGUGCGCGUGGUGCGGGCACUGGUCUUUCCUAUAUUCCUCUACAGGGCGGAGACAUGGUGCAUUAAAAGCUAG